UCCACCAGCAGAUGCCCGCUGCGCCGCCAUGGGACAGGGGCUACUCCUGCUGCUCUGCUGCAUUGUAAACACCGCUUGUCCUCAGGAUGUGCCGGCGGAGGGACCCCGACUGCCCGAGGAGGAGGGAGCCGCCCUCUGCCGCCUGCAGCCGACAGCCGUGGGGGUCCCGGACGACGCCGAGAGCUCUGUGCCGCCGGCCGGUGCGGAGCUGCUGCUGGUGCCCGAGGGAGUGGCGGUAGGAGCGGCGGUGGCCGUGGUGGAGGCUCCGGCGCCGGGGGUGGACUGCCGGCUGGAGGCGGAGGGCAGCUUCGGGCUGGAGGCGGUGGGCGGCCGGUUCACGUUGGUGACCCGGGCGGCUCUGGACCGGGAGCAGCGCGCCGAGUACAACCUGACCCUGGUGACGGAGCGGAUCGGGGAGGGGGAGGCCGCUCGGCCCAUCACCGUGCGGCUGACCGACGUGAACGACAACCCGCCCGUGUUCGGUCAGAGCGCUUACCGGGCGCUGGUGAUGGAGAACGGGCGCUCCAACCGGACCCUCCUCACGGUGGCGGCGUCCGACCGGGACUCGGGCGCCAACGGGCGGGUCACCUACUCCAUCGUCAGCCCGGACGUCCCGUGGCCGCUCGGCAUCCACCCCGCCACCGGCGCCGUCUACUCCCUGGCGCCGCUCGACCACGAGCGCGCGCGGCGCGUGGACCUGGUGGUGGAGGCGCGCGACGGCGGGCACCCGCCCGCGCGCGCCACCGUGCCCGUGCGCCUGGACGUGGGCGACCUGAACGACAACAGCCCGGUGUUCACGGCGCCGGCGGCGCGCCGGCUGACCGUGGCGCUGGGAGUAGGCGGCGGGUGCGCGGGCGGGGCUCCGCCGGCGGGGGACCGGAGCCUGCUGCCGGUAACGGCGCUGAAGGCGGUGGACGCCGACUCCGGGCGCAACGGGGAGCUGGUGUACGAGUUGGCGGCGGCGGACGGCGGCGUCUUCGGUCUGGGCAGCGGCGGCGAGCUGCGGGCCAACGUUUGCGGCGUCAGCCGGCUACUGGAGCGGGAGUGGCGGGUGUCGGUGCGGGUCCGGGACCGGGGGAUCCCCAGCCUUUCGGCCAGCACCGUCCUGACUAUCUCCUUCGUGGCGGCGCCCAGCGGGAGGCUCGGCCGGCCGGCGGUGACCGGGAUCGCCCUGGGUGCCGUUUGCGGGACUCUGCUGCCCGCCCUGCUGCUGCUGCGGGUGGUUUGCGGGAAGCGGCGGCGGCGGGACGGCGGGGCGUACAAUUGCCGGCGGGCCGAGACCGACUACAGCCUGCAACCCCGCCGCCCCAAGCGGAGCAUCCAGAAGACCGACAUCGCUCUGUUGCGGCGCUCCCGCACCGAGCCGCCCGCAGUCGCCGUGCGGGAGCCGGACGGACCCGGACCCUCUCCCGCCCCCCGCACGGAAGCUGACCCCCGCCACCGCCAGCUGCUGCGGCAGCUCGUCCGACUGUCCCGGGCCGGUUGCCCCGACGGAUCUCUGGAACUGGCUGUCGGUUCUCCGCACGUCCAGCAGAUCUCCCAGCUGCUCUCCCUUUUACACCAGGGACAGUUCCAGGCUAGGCCAAACUUUCGGGGAAAUAAAUAUUUAAAGAACUGCAGGCCAGCGGUGCCCGAGGCUGACAGAGGGAGUCUGAAGGACAGCGGGCAGGGGGAGAGCGAAGAGGGAGACAGUGACAGUGGCACAGGGAGAACCUCGCACAUCGACCAGCUGCUGGAGGACGGACUGAGCGACCUGCUGGCCAGGGGCAGCUGGACAGCACCGGCAGGGUCGGGAUCUGCAGGAAGUGCAGUGGAGCGGCUGAGCCUCGAGGAGCUGUGCUGGACAUUGCCCUCAACGCUGCCCUCUGACUACAAGGAGAACGUGUUCAACCCCAAGUCCCCCGAGGCAGUGGAGAUGGCGGCAACCCCCGCGGACGGGGAGAAGACAACCUUCUUGACCUUCGGAAAAGGCGGGGUGGGCUCUUGCCGUGGCGCGGAGCAGGAGCAGGCAGGGCUCCUGACCGGAGUGAGCGUCCUCUUCCAGCAGCUGCUACUGCAGAAGGCCGAGACCUACGGCCAGCCCAGCCCCGAGCUGCUGCGCAGACUGUCUGCCCGCUGGAGCGUCCUGUGCGAGGGCGAGGUGGACAGAGGCAGGGGCAGGCGUCUCCCCGGCCUGCUGGAAACCCCAGAACAGGGAGCGGGACCAGAGCAGCUCCUCCAGUAACGAGAAUGUGGGGGAGCUUCAGAGCAGAUUGGAUCCAUUCCCGAGAUCUCCCAAUCGGUUUAUUGGGAAGCUUGGACACCAACCGGAUGACGCCAAUGACUUUUGGAUCAUGACCCUUCCAUAUACAGUUGGCUACUUCGAUCACCUGGGUUGGUUUGUCACUGGGGCCUCACUACCUCCCCCUGUAGAUCAUUGGGAGUGUUUCCCCACCACUGAAAAACCAACUGGCCAAGUCUUGCAUCCAAAACACCGUCUCUCACUCUCCCAGGACUAGACCCACAUGGUUCCACUGCUCAGCCCCAGGACUGCUGAUAAUUUGGUGCAUACCCAUGGUAUAAAUAUUUUCACACUGGAAUGUAUCUGACUGAUGAAGAUUUUAACCUUUUCCAGUUAAAUACAAAAUAUUUUUCUAUUCUAUUUAAUGAUUUAUUUCCGACCAGUGCCAAUGAUGUGAUAUUUUUAUUUUCCAACACUGCUCAUUACCCAAGCUGACUAAUGUAUAUUUUGUUAUUAACAAUAAAAUGUGAUAUCUUUGUGUAAUUGAACAGUGCGUGGGUUUCUUGGGGACC